UACAACGUUUCAAAAGCGCAUCAUUUGGUAAUCUUUUGGAGAUACCCACUGAAGAUGACAAGAUAUCUAUUACUGAACGAAUGCGUAACAAGUUGCAACGAGGCGUCUUCAAGCUGAAUAUGCGUUCGCCAAAGGGCGAAAAAAAACAAAAUGGCAUCUUUCGUCCAGUAAAAACGGAAAGUUUGUACUUGGAAGGAGGAAUUCCGCCGGUGUUUCCAAUAUUCGGUGCUUCACUUGAGGAAUUAGAGAUGAAUGAAUCAAUACACCCGAAUGUGCCGCGUUUUGUUGUGGACUGUGUGUCUUACAUCGAACGGAAAGACUGUAUAUUACAAGAUGGAUUAUACCGAGCAUCCGGCAACAAAUUGGCUAUAGAUGACCUAAAGAAAAAACUUUCCGAAAGCUAUAUUUAUGACUCAAAACUUUUAGUCGCUGAUGACAUACAUACUAUCACCAGUUUAUUAAAGCAAUUUUUCCGUGAACUGAGCAAACCUCUGAUUCCUCAGCAUAUAUACGACCAAAUUGGACGCAAUGUAUCUGAUGUUGCUGGUAUUGAGAUAAUACGAGAUAUUCUUGAAAAGAUUCCAGACCCCAACCGCGCAACAUUGAAGUUUCUUAUACGACACUUGAAAAAUGUCGCUGCUUUUAGUGGGGAAAAUCGAAUGCCUGCGUCGAAUCUGGCGAUUGUUUGGGGCCCGUGCAUAUUUUCAUCUAACCAAAUGAUAUUUGUUGACAUUGGUCGAAUGAAUACAUUAACUAAACUGUUAAUUGAAAAUUACGAAUACAUAUUUAGAGAAAAUGAACGGCUAGUUAAUUAAGCAAGUUUUACGAAUCUUUAUUUAAAAUAAGUAGAAUGCCAACCAAAAAAUCACUUGUCGAAACAUGCAGACACAUGUAUGUGCAUUCAUAUCGCAUAUGUAUGUAUAUGAAGUCGAUAUAUUGUAUCUAUGUAUAUACGUAUAAUUUUUGAUAGUAUGCUUUAAAAAGUCUUCGCCGAUUAUAUCUUUGCGUAAAGCAAAAACUGUGAAGCACAAACCGCAGCAAGGCCCCCCUUCCCCUUAUGUUUAGCAUGAGAGUUCUGAUAGUUUUUACGUUUUCUCACAAAAGAGAAUUUCGAUUUAAUAAACUUUUGAAGAAAGUAGGCAAUAUAUUUGUAGCGGUAUGUAUGUACAUACAUUUGUAUUGAUGUAUGUAAGUAUGUACAUAAGUCAUCACGCUUCAUAAUCCUUAAUGUUUAAAUGUAUAACAUAGUCAGUAGGAAAUUCCUAUUUUUACAAAAAAUAAGAUAUAUUCUUAAAACUAAUUAUUUAUGAUAUAAUUCAACCAAAUAAACAAUGUGAUAAAAUACGUACGGAAAUUAAAUGUAUAAAAAUUAAGUGUCAUAUAAUCACAAACUU